AAGGUCCUUGGCCACAUUCACGCCCACAGCAGGCGAGAGUAAGAAUAAAGAUCACAUGAGAAGGAAGGGAGAGGUGCCAGGCGGCACUGCUUCCUUUCUGUUGUCCUUGUUUCCUUUACCCUUGAGGAGAGGGUCCUUUCCUUGAUUCCCUCAUUCUUACUUUCAAAGCACACGUUAGUCAUUUUACAAUAUGACUUAUUAUCUUGUUUGUAAUGUUAGACUUCUGUGUGUUUAGACGCUUUCAAUUCACCUCAGAAAAGACUCGCGUUUUAGGACACCGUGUUUUAAAUAAGACGACUAAAGGUCAGACGUCGGGGGGGGUCAUUAGCUCAUCGGUGUUGAUUAGAUGUCUCUUCCUUGAGACGAGGACGGAGACGAAUGGGGGAGCAGAUGUCUUUGUGCCGACACCUGGGCUGUGUUCUGCCCUUUAUAAGCGAUGCUGCAGUCCUCCUGCAGACUGAGACGCGGAGUUUCUUUACUUCAGUAUCCCAGGACUCACGCGGAAAGAAUGUAAUAAAAAACUAUUUCAUUGGUCCCGCCACAGUUCAAAAACUUUGAAAUUCAUCAAAAACAAUUACCAGGAAUCAUAUUCUUUCAUUGACUGUAUUAUAAACAUUACUAUAUGGUGAACAAGGCCUAAGUGUUUACUUCUAACCAAGGUAGGGAGCAUGAGGAAAAGAGGCAGCACUUCAGUCGGACAGAAACUGCGUGUCAGCGUUCAGCUUUACAACAGGGAACAAAGGUCGCGGCGGCGAACCGGUGAGUAACUGAGGCGGAGAGACAGAAUACACGUAGCAGUACAGCAGAGGAGAGGACGACCCAGAGGUCCUAUCCCCGUUUUGGCCACUUUAAAUUGAAUCCAACAAACAAAGCGAAUGGUUUGAUUUGUCGGCAUAAUGGGCGGGUGGGGGCAACCUGUUCUGCUGCUGUGGUGGACUUCAGUGGCAGCAACGACCAUCUUAGGAACUAAUGCUCAGGUGGUGGAGGACGACGCUCUGCAGGUUCGUAACCUGACCAGCCAGCGGCUGCACGUCAUUCCUGCCGGUAGUCGCGGCUCCUCCGUUACUGAACUGGUGAUCGAGGCGAGCCGGAUUACCCUGAGUGGGAGCGACAGACUGGCCCUGGCUAGUUAUCCCAGACUGGUCGAGCUCCAUCUGGACGGGAACCUGGUGAGCCGCAUACCAGGCCGGUACUUCUCUGUGGCGCCACGCCUCAGAGUGCUGACUCUGUCCAGGAACAGAAUCAGCAGCCUGCACCCAGACUCUUUCUCUGGCCUCGAUGCCCUGACCGAGCUGGACCUGUCCCACAACCUGCUGACGGGUGUCCAUCCGCAGCUGUUCAGGCCGCUCACUAAUCUGCAGGUGCUGAAACUACAAGGAAACCCCUGGAACUGCUCCUGCGUGCUGCUGAGCGGCAUCGGAGAGGUCCAAGCAGCCGGACUGACCGUCGGGGGGACACAGACCACCUGCGCCUCCCCAGAAAAGCAGGCUGGAAGAGAUCUCCUGCAGGCUGCCGCUGCGUGUUACCAGUCACCGCGAUCCGUCCGGGACACGGAGCCGCAGAAACCCGUCAACUCUAAGAAGUCUCUGGCCUCGUCCACUACGCCGCAGACCACAUGGACGUCGAGCCAGACACACAACACCGACAAAGUCCAGACCCCCGUGCUCGGCAACACGUGGAAGUUCGCGGCAUGCGUUGCGGCGCUGGCACUGAGCACCUCCGUGCUCAUCGUGUGUGCUGUAAAGGGGCCCUCCUUGUACAAGCUCUUCCACAACUACCGCCAUCGCCGGCUGCACCAAGAGGAGGACGACGCUGUGCCAACAGUCUUCUCAGAGACAGAGAGACACCUGAACCGCCAGACAUUCACCUUCCAACACGAGGACGGGCAGAUGGAGAUGGAGGAGGAGGAGGAGGAUGGGUAUUUUGAGGAUCCAUACAUCAAGCGCGAAGAGUGACCUGCAUGAGAGGAGACUUCGGCAGAGCCGCGGAGAGGAAGACGGCAGCUGGUGAACCAGACGAGGACGCAACCAUCCCAAGACACACAAACCCAGAAUGAGAUUUUUUAUAGAUGGAAUAGGUUCAGUGUAGGAUUUAAAUAUGUAUUCUGAGGGACACUGAAACGUGGGCCUGUGGCUCCUACUGGUAUAAAGUGUUGUGCUUUUUCUACUGAAACCAUCACAUUGUAGCUCUGCUCAACCAAAGCUUUGUUUACAACCUCGCUCGGCAACACGGGUCUCCGAGCAACGGAGGCGUUUACGCUGUACGAGCUGCAUCGGUAUGCCAAGAGACAAAGUGAACAACGAGUGUAGCUCACAGAAACAAACAAGGAGUCACCAGCAGAAAGAGUUCCCCCAAAUAUCUGUCACAUCUCAUAUUCAUGCUCUACUUUACAGCCUUCAUUCAUCCCUGAAAAGCAGCAAGGCAAGAAUCACAUGUCUUUGAAAGAAACACAGAAUAAAUAAAUAUGCUUCUAACCCAGUUUAAAGAGCAUUUUCAAAUCAAUUGACCUUCUCUAACUAUUUGCUUCAUGAUGCAGUUACAAAGGGUUGAAGAUGCACCACCAGGCGUCACGCAGGCCAGGACGAACUAAGCUUAACAAGUCUAAUGCGUGACUGAUAAAUACAUGCAAGGGCCAUACUCUGACUGACAUGAUGCUGUGGGCCUCAGCUCCACUCUUCAGAAGGAGGUUUACGAGGAUAAAAGCCAGCGAUUCUUUACCUUUGUUUGUUUGUGCAAUGUGACUCAAAGCCACUCAAGAUUACCGUGUCCUGAUUGGCUGAGUGGUGCAACCUUCUGUAGAUCAACUACAUGUCAUCAAUAAAUCAUCCAUGACAAGAAUGAAACUACCUAA